CGCUGCUGUUUCCUCUGCCACACGGGUCCGUUUCGCCGCUGCUACGACGUGUCCGUCGCUGGGUUCGGCCGUAAGUUGGCCCAGCGUCGUAAAAACGCCACUGUCGCCCUGCGCGGGGCAGGGCGGAGCUAGACGCAUGGCAGCUGCGCUCGGUGCGCCCUCGCCUGCGCCACGCAGCAGCUCCUGGAGCUCGCCGCAGGGGCAGCGAGCUCGGUUGUUUAGGCGCGUGUGGGGAGGGGAAGGACUUUUCUCCCCCUCCCUCCAUCGGAGUCUUGUAGUCACUCGGAACCUUCCCCGUGAAACUGCUUCACAUGUAGUUGUGUCUCUUGUAAAAAACUAUCCAAAUUAUCUGAUUGUAAAUCUAGAUAAGCUCGACUACUGUGCAAGCUUGAAGAAUCUUGAAACUGUCUCCGAGAAGGAAAACUAUAAAUUUAUCCAGGGGGACAUUUGUGAACCUUAUUUUAUAAAACAGCUUUUUGAAACUGAGAAAAUUGAUAUAGUCCUUCAUUUUGCAGCCCAAACACAUGUAGAUCUUUCAUUUUGGCAUGCGCUGGAGUUCACCUAUGUGAAUGUUUAUGGCACUAACGUGUUGGUCGCUGCUGCAUACGAAGCUAAUGUGGAGAAGUUUGUCUAUGUCAGUACAGAUGAGGUAUAUGGAGGUAGCAUUGAUGAGGAAUUUGACGAAUCUUCACCGAAACGUCCAACAAAUCCCUAUGCCGCCUCAAAAGCAGCUGCAGAAUGUUUUGUUCAAUCUUAUUGGGAAAGGUACCAAUUUCCAGUUGUUAUCACACGGAGCAGUAAUGUUUAUGGACCACACCAGUAUCCAGAAAAAGUUAUUCCAAAGUUUAUCUCUUUGUUGCAACAGAACAGAAAAUGUUGUAUUCAUGGUUCUGGACUUCAAAGAAGGAAUUUCCUUUAUGCCACUGAUGUAGUAGAAGCAUUCCUUACUGUUCUAAAGGAGGGGAAGCCAGGUGAAAUUUAUAACAUUGGAACUAAUUUUGAGAUGUCCAUUGCCCAACUUGCUAAGGAGUUAAUCUGUUUAAUAAAGAAGACCAGUUCAGAAUCUGAAAUGGAGCACUGGAUGGAUUAUGUCAAAGACAGACCCACCAAUGACCUGAGAUACCCAAUGAAUUCAGAAAAAAUGCACAACUUAGGAUGGAGACCUAAAGUGCCUUGGAAAGAAGGAAUAAAGAAAACAAUUGAAUGGUACAAAGAAAACUUUCACAACUGGAAGAAUGCAGAGAAAGCUUUGGAGCCCUUUCCUGUGACAGAGCCAUUUGCACAGCUUAAUGUUCCAUAAGAUGGAAAACAACCUGAAGGAAUUUAUUCUACCUCACACAGUCUUUUUUUUGAAGUCUGCAAUCAAGUGACCACAAUGAACUUCUUACGUAUUCAAGAUAUGCGAACCAUUAUGAAUAGAAAACUACAAUACCGCAUGAGUUUAGAAGGGCUUUCAGCACUUUAUAGAUUUAACCUGUUAAUUUUAGCUCUUGGUGCAAUAUUAUAUCCUCGUUAGGUAUUGAUUUUCUUUUUAUAAAGAAUUCUACAAGAUGAAGAAUUUUUAUAAUUCUGUAAAUAUGUAUAGCUGAUGUCAAACCUGCCUUACUCAUUUAGAGUAAGAAUAUUGUGAUUACAACUAUUGGGACUUCUAAUGAAAACUUGUAUUAGUUCUGAAAUCUUCUAUCUAUAUUAUUCUGUUUUUUGCAGUGUAAUAUAUUCUGUCACAGUGAAGUGUUUCUAUUUUUAAUUAAGGGGAAAAGAUACUAUAUUCUGAAGAGUAUAACUCGAUUGAUAAAAGCUAGAUAUGAAUCCCAGAUCCUUCGCGAUCCUUUUCUCUGUUGAUGCAGUAUUACUUUCUGUAGGUGACUGUUAAAGACUGUUGCCUACUCUAACUUUAAAUGUCUCUUCCUUCCCCCGCUUGUCUUCUCUUCCUUCUGCCCCCCCACCCAAAAAAGGAAGUUUAAAAAAACCAAAAAACUUCAGUGUCUGAUUUAGAUGUCAUCUGUUUAUUGUGGACUCUGUUAAUUUCCUUCUUCCUUAUUUCUUUAACUGUAACAAGCUUGAAAUACUGUAAUACAGUUAGCAUUCAAAUGAUGCAUCUUCCUUUAUGAGGACCAUUUACAGAGAAAAGCUUCAACGGUGUUUUUUUGUUCCCACUCUCUAGCAAAUUGUGGGUUGGCACACCUUAUUCAGUGAAGUGUUUCACAAGUCUUCUGCCAAAUAUUUCAAUGAUGAAACUAUUUGAGUUUUGAUGUAAAAUUUUUGAGGAAACCUCAAUUCUGUAAAUGUGUCAAUGACAUUCUUUUUCAAAGUUGAUUUAUUAAUAAAAGUUACUGUGUUUCUGGCUUUUCUCAA